UAUUGGUUUUUUAAGGAAGAAAUACCGUUUCAGCAGGCCGGAUGUUACAUGUUAACUCUGUUUUGCUGGCAUUUCAGAAGCCCACAAAAUUUCAUUUGCUGCUUUUAAGAAAAUCCCACGUAUAAAUGCAGAGAAACUGGCUGUCGUUGCGCCCACUGCUCCGCGGUAUCGGCGGUGAGUUGGGGGCCUUCUACACUGUCCCCAACCUCUCCCGCCCCUCGGCGGCCCUAAUGCACGCCGCUGCAAAGAGGCAACCAGGCAAGAUCACCCCAAAAAUGGAGAAGUUGAGGAAGAAGUUCCAGGAGAACAACGACAAACCCAUCUUUCUGAAGGGCGGCAGCAUGGACAACAUCAUUUACAGACUGACGUGGGUGCUGUGUUUCAUUGGCUUGGCAGGGGACUUGCACCUUUGGUUCGGCUACAUCCUCGCCUAAAAUCGCAGCAAUCAAACACAUUGUUCGGGCUUAAGCCAUAGUAUUGUUUAUUGUUUCUGAGAGUACGGCAAUUCAAUUAAAGAUCUCAUGAAAGGAUAA